GGGCGGAGACAGUUGUAACGUUAGCAACCACGCUGAGCGACGGUGAUCGGUAAAGUGAAGGAUUCCUCCCAGAGAAAUGUCUCCGAGCUCGGCCUGAAUCCGCCUCCUUGUCCCCGAGCUCCACUAGAACCACGCGAGCAGCCUCCGUGUCUCUCCGUCCUCCAGACUUGUGGGUGAGCCAUGCCGCUGAUGUCUAGCUGUGACUGCCCCCACCUGGACUGUGUGGGGGAAAUCACCAAGGAGGAACUGAUUCAGAAAUCCCAUGGCCAGUGCCAAGACUGUAAAGUUGGAGGACCAAAUUUGUGGGCAUGUUUGGAGAAUGGCUGUGCGUAUGUAGGAUGUGGAGAAUCUCACACUGACCACAGUACUGUCCACUCGCAGGAGACGCGGCACAACCUGACGGUGAACCUGACCACGCUGCGGGUGUGGUGCUACGCCUGCGGCAAGGAGGUUUUCCUGGAGCGAAAACUCGGUCCGCACUCGCCCCGCGCCAACAGCAAACCCCUUUCCCCUCUACAGAGCGCUGGCCAGGACAGCAGCAGGGCCCCUGGGAGCCCAACCUCUCUGAGAGUGCCCCCUAAUGGAGGCUGUGAAGACCUGGACAUGGAGACUGAGGAAGAGGAGGACCGGCGGGCGAGAGGCCUGACGGGGCUGAAGAACAUCGGCAACACCUGCUACAUGAACGCUGCCCUCCAGGCCCUGUCCAACUGCCCGCCGUUGACGCAGUUCUUUCUUGAAUGUGGUGGCAUGGUGAGGACAGACAAGAAACCUGCACUCUGCAAAAGUUACCAGAAACUAGUUUCAGACCUGUGGCACAAGAACAGACCCUCCUACGUCGUCCCAACCAACUUGUUCCAAGGGAUCAAAUCCAUAAAUCCCAUGUUCAGGGGAUAUUCUCAGCAGGACUCCCAGGAGUUUCUGCGCUGCUUGAUGGAUCAACUCCACGAGGAGCUGAAGGAGGUUCUGCCUGAGCCCUAUGACCAGUCCAACGGCAUCACAGUAGACGACAGCCCAGAGGAGGACCACCACAGUCAGUCAGACGACUUCCAGUCGUGUGAGUCCUGCGGCAGCAGCGAUCGCGCUGAUAACGAGGUGCAGGGCGGGAACGUGCAUGUGGAAGACAACAACGAGGCUGAGAUGCUGAUUCCGGAGCAAGAUGAGAUACAGGCCAACAGGGAGUGGCAGAAGGAGAAGAACAUGAUUAAUGAUCUGUAUCGUGUUGGAGUUCAUGGUGUCAUGGGUGGAAGCUCUGGAGGGGACAUGGACAAAGAUGUUGACACAACCACAGAGAACACACCUAUUAUCAGCAGCCAGGGAGCCAUCAAGGUUCAGGGCAGAACAUCAGAUUCCUUCCCAGACAUCCAGAUAUCCAACUCCACAAGACCUCAGAGUCCAGUCCCAAUGGAGGGACACAUUCCCAAAAUCUCCAGCAGCCCACCCAAAGCUGCCUCUGGCUGGCCCAGUAUAAACCCUGCACAUAAGAAAGCAGUGACCACAUUCUCUCCACCAAAGAACAAGCGCCAGAAGAAAUACCGCAGUGUGAUCUCAGACGUGUUCGAUGGGACCAUUGUCAGCUCGGUUCAGUGCCUCACCUGUGAUCGGGUUUCUGUGACCCUGGAGAACUUCCAGGAUAUCUCGUUGCCCAUCCCGGGGAAGGAAGACCUGGCCAAGCUCCACUCCUCCACCCACCAGACCUCCAUGGUAAAAGCAGGCUCCUGCGGGGAAGCUUAUGCACCACAGGGCUGGAUUGCUUUCGUCAUGGAAUACAUCAAGAGUUGGUUCUGGGGUCCAGUGGUUACGCUACAAGAUUGUCUUGCAGCUUUCUUCGCCAGAGAUGAACUAAAGGGAGACAACAUGUACAGCUGUGAAAAAUGCAAGAAAUUACGAAACGGAGUAAAAUUUUGUAAAAUGCAAAGUUUGCCAGAGAUCUUGUGUAUCCACUUGAAACGCUUCAGACACGAACUGAUGUUCUCUACCAAGAUCGGCACCCACGUCUCCUUCCCGCUGGAGGGCUUGGAUCUGCAGCCUUUCCUGGCCAAGGACAGUUCCGCCCAGACCACCAACUAUGACCUGCUGUCAGUCAUCUGUCACCACGGCACUGCCAGCAGUGGCCACUACAUAGCCUACUGCAGGAACGAUGCGAACAAUCUGUGGUAUGAAUUUGACGACCAAAGUGUGACCGAGGUGUCUGAAUCCUGUGUCCAGAACGCUGAAGCUUAUGUGCUCUUCUAUAAAAAGAGCAACGAGGACGCAGUGAAAGAACGUAGGAGGGUGUCGGGUUUAUUCAGCAUGAUGGAGCCCAGCCUUCUGCAGUUCUACAUCUCCCGCCAGUGGCUCAACAAGUUCAAGACCUUUGCUGAGCCGGGUCCUAUUUCCAAUGACGACUUCCUGUGUUCGCAUGGAGUCUGA